UGUUUUUUUAGUUUUGUCAAAUAAAAAAAGAAAAAAGAAAAAUGAGACUUCCCGUUCCUGACAAUGUGUUUGUGAAGGGUGAUAUAGGCAUUUGAGCCAGAGGGGACAGAUUUGUGUAAAUAUAAGAAAAGGCAAGGUGUUUUUUGUCAUAGUGAUUCUUAUCAGAUAAAAACAGGAAAGGUCCGCCAACCGAGCCGGCAGGGUCAUCACUCCGGUGACGGAAUUCCGAAACCAACCAAUCCAAUCCAAACACGUAUCAUAUUGGCCCCCAUCUUCCUCCACGUGUCCUACCCUUCUGUUCUCCUCCACCGACGCCGUCAAACCCCUCAGUUUUUCCCGUCAACCGAUACAAACAAGUUUCUGUAUCUAUCCAAUACCCUCCCCCCUCUAUCUCUCUCAAUUUUCUCUCUCUAGAAUACCUCCCUCCGAUCAUUUUCCUCGCCAUCAGAUCGGCGAUUUCCAACGCUCACCGGCGCAAGUUAGCUAACCCACCAUGGAAGACGACGAAGAAAUCCAGUCACAACCGUCGCCCGGUUCCGGAUCUCCGGCGUCGCCGCCACCGAACGGGCGGAUAACGGUGACGGUGGCCUCCGCACCUCCUCAAAACACCCUAACCCUCGCCCUCCCCAUCCAGCAGCCGAGAACCACCGGCAACGGCGGCCGUGAAGAUUGCUGGAGCGAAGGCGCCACGGCGGUGCUAAUCGACGCCUGGGGCGAACGGUACGUGCAGCUCCGCCGAGGGAAUCUGAAGCAGAAGCACUGGAAAGAAGUCGCUGAUAUAGUCAGCAGCCGAGAAGAUUACACUAAGAUCCCCAAAACUGACAUCCAGUGCAAAAACCGAAUCGACACGGUGAAGAAGAAGUACAAGCUCGAAAGAUCCAAGAUCGGCGCCACCGGUGGCGGCGGCGGCGGUGGCGGUCAGAGCAAGUGGCCUUUCUUCACUACCCUCGACCGAUUAAUCGGUCCGACGGCUAAGAUCCCCACCCCUGGCGGUGCCGGUACAUCAUCAGCCACUCUAGUUCCACACCCCGGUGGCCCCAAAGUCCCAGUUGGAAUCCCAAUCCAAUUUCAGCAGCAGAAGCAGAAGCAGAGGCCGAAGCAGAAACAACAGUUGCGCAGACGAGCAGCACCGGUGGAUUCGGAAUCAGAUCCGGAACCUUCGCCGGAAUCAUCCGACGGUUUUCCGCCGGAGACAUAUCAGCCAAAGAGGGCCAGGGUUCAGAGAGAAGUGAAUAACUUGAAUUCGAGCUCAGUGCCUGGUGGGUCAAAUCGAAGAAGGGAUGGAGGGGAGAGAGAGAAGAAUUGGGGGAAUUCGGUGAGAGAACUGAGUCGGGCGAUACUGAAAUUCGGAGAGGCGUACGAGAACACGGAGAGCUCGAAGAUGCAACAGAUGGUGGAGAUGGAGAAGCAGAGGUUGAAGUUUGCCAAAGAGUUGGAGUUGCAGAGAAUGCAGUUCUACAUGAAGACACAGUUGGAGCUUUCACAGCUGAAGCAUAGGAGGGUUGAGAAUGCCAAAAAAGGCCUCUUGCUAUCCAAAGAUGGAUGAAUUCUAAGAACAACUCUUAUCUUUAUAUAUAUAGUGCAUAUACUUGUGUGCAUAUAUGUAUAUGUAAAUUGUGAGGGUCUAGAUUUUAUAUAAGCCACCAGGACACAGAGAGAUGUGUUUGACAGAGCUUAUAUAUGCGUUAGAUUGAACCUGAAGUAGAUCAAGCUGAAUUCUAAGCUGUGGUUUGCUUUUGGUGUUGAUGUAACAUACUUGUCCUAGGAUGUCUGUUGUGCGUAUCGAUCAUAUAUGCUUGAGUGAUAAAAUAUGUUUAUGUUGUUGCCUUUGACAGCACCAAAUUGGUCAAACUCAACACUGAUAUGGUGCUUACAAGCAUAAGCUUAGAAUUAAUUAUUUUGCACUUCUUUUUAGUCCACGCUUUUUUAGAAGUUUAUAAUAAAAUAAAUAUAUGUACCAGAAAAAUUGUAAAUCCCUCUACAGGCAACACUAACCUGCACUUAGUUAAACCAUCAUGCAGGGAUGGUUGUCUGUUCUACUUGAAAACUGGUAGAUCAAUCUAAUCUAAUCUAAUUUCAGUUUUUUUUUAGUCUCGGAAAAUGAUUUUUAAACCU